GGUUGCAGUCGUACGAGUCGAUAUUGUGUUUCGACGUAAAUUAUUAUUAUUGCGCAAAUAAUAAAUUAAUUUAGUUGUCAGAUUUCAUCUAACGCGGACAUUUUAAAAAUAUUAAUAUAGUUUGCGAAUACUUCCAAUACAAUCGUAAAUCAAGCGACUAAUGUAUUAAGUUAUUUUCAGUGUGUAAUAUAAUUAAUUACGUCAUUAUUGAAACAUGGGCUCGUUUAGUGGAUUUGUUCAGGAAUUGCAUUUUAUAAGGAUUGACAAUUUCAUUCGUAAAGAAUACGUUUAUGCCUAUUUCUUGAGUCAUUACCACGGUGACCAUAUCCAUGGUAUAGAAGACAAAGAGUUAUCAAUUUAUUUGAAAAAUAACAAGGUGUAUAUUUACACUUCCGAAGUAACUGUUGCUAUUAUAACAGCGAGACACCCGGAGUUGGCGCCAUAUUUGAGAGCUUUAAAACUUGGACGCAAUGCAUUGUCAAUUCAAACGGAGUUCAAAGAAGAAUUGUUGGAAGUAACUGUACUGCCAGCGGGGCAUUCCUUUGGAUCCGUAAUGUUCCUAUUUGAAUAUGAAAAACAAAAGAUUAUGUUUACUGGCGACUUCAGAAUAUCGAAAGACGAUGUUGAAAAAUAUACGCAUUUGCAAAAUAAUGGAAUACCAAUACAAAUUGAUGCUUUAUAUAUCGAUACUACCUUCCAAAAAGAACAUUAUUUUCCGAAAAGGUCAGAAGUAGUUAGAGAGCUAAUACCGUAUAUUACGCAGUGGCUGGACGAAAGCGAUGAGAACCGAGUUAAUCUCGGUGCGUCAGCCAUGUUUGGUUACGAAGGAGUCUGCAACCAAAUUUAUGAUGCAAUUAAAAUCAAAGUUAAGGUUGAAGAAGACAAAUGGCAGAUAUAUAGACAAUUCCCCAAGCAGAUUUAUGGCGUGACGAAUGAAGAAUCAAGGAUCGUACUUAAGAAAUGGAAAUACGAAUCCCUCCCGCUAUAUACACUCGAUGUACGAUUUUUUGCUAGGGGAUGGCCUUAUGAAAAUGUGGAGGAGGAAUGUUUAAGAUUGAAUUUUAGAAAUUUAUAUUCCUGGGUAAUUAAUCGAAUUGAAGUCUGCUAUUCCACGCACUGUGGGCGCGACGACUUCAUACAUUUCAUUAAAUAUUUAAAACCGACGAAAAUUGAAGGCUUUCCAUUAUACUAUAUGAGAGGUAGUUAUCUAGACUUUUAUUCGUUUUUGACGGCCGAAAAUAGUGAUGCGAACGAAAAUUUUGAAAUUUUACCAAAACGACGUAGAAUUAUAGGAAGGAAAAAUGAUAAAGGAAAUUGUCAAGGACCCGACAUUGUUACAAGGAAAUUAUCUGAGGUACUUGAUUGGUAAAACGAGGUAUAUACUGCCGCGCGUUUCGUUUAAAUGUAAUAAUAUAUCUACAUAUUAUAAAAAUGAAUACCAUUUUCUCUUGGUCACGGCAUCACGCCAGAAUGG